UUUUAAAGAGAAUUAAUAUAUUUCCUGGAAGAUUUGUGUAGAAAAACAAAGGAACUUUUGUUACAUAUCUUUCAUUUAUUUCUUGUUUUAUCGUUUAUUUCAGGAACUUUCCUAUGUGAUUGAAUGAUCCAGGAGGAAUUUAUAUAGCUGAUGGCUGGAGUCAGAAAUGAAAGGAGGGAAAAUUUCAGAGGAUCUGUAGUAUUCAAGAGAAAAUGAGAACUUUUAUAUUGUUUUCAUUAUUUAGAGUAGAAUUUAUUCAACUUCUAGUAAAUAAAUAGGUUGCUCGAGUUUGAAUGAAUAUAUUGAUACAUGGAGUUAGAAGUAUUUUUGCCUCCAAGAGGUUUGGUAAAAUGUUGUAAUUGCAGCUGUACUACCUGUGCUUUGAUUGGCGCUCCUUCAAAUUCCUGGUUUCGGUCUGUGAAGAGAAAAUAUAAUGAGUUUGAGACUGGAAACAUGUUUUAUUUUCCGGGGCUUGAUCUUUAUUCCAAUGCCCGAGUCCAAAUUGAGAAUGAAUGUGCUGCUUUGCGGGAGACAGUUAACAGCCAACAAGCAACGAUAGAGGGUUUGUAUUCGGAAUUGGAGGAAGAGAGAAGUGCCUCAUCUUCAGCUGCAACUGAGGCCAUGUCGAUGAUAUUGAAGUUGCAGAGCGAGAAGGCAGAGAUCGAAAUGGAGUCCAGGCAAUUCAAGCGUUUUACCGAGGAGAAAAUGUCGCAUGAGCAGGAUGAGAUAUUGGUUUUAGAGGAUCUGUUGUAUAAGAGAGAGCAGACUAUUCAAGCUUUAACUUGUGAAGCACAGGCAUACAAGCAUAGGAUGUUGAGUUAUGGGUUUACAGAGGAGGAGGUUGAAGGUGAGAAGGAUGGACAGAUGUGGCAGCCAAGUGUGGCUGAGGACUUCAAUGCCGAAGUUGAUCUUCCUGCAUAUGAUUAUCCUCCUCUAAAGUGCAUUUUGAAUGGGAAUCACGGCUAUGGUGUUGAAGAUGUUGAAAAAUACGCAUUUGGUGAGAUCCCUCGUUCCCAAGAACACUUGACGAAUCUGGAAGAAAGGAUCUCCCAAAUGGAGAGAAAUCCCAAUAGCAGCCAGCUGGAUGGAGAGAUUCCUGGAACAAGGAAUGUGUUGGAGAAGGUGGUAGUCGGACACUCUCCUAGGCGCCCAAGACAUUCAAGGAGGCAUUCAACAGAUAGUACAAACUCAUUCUUUUCUAGGGAGAUGGGUUCAGAGUUUAUCAGUGAUUCCCCCAAGUUUGCCUUUGGUUCUCCCGGGUAUAAUACUAGCUUCAAGAAGAUGGAGUUAGUUUCAGAAAUGGACAAGAUUUUGAGCUUACGAAGAAUAAAUAAUGCUUCAGAAGUUGGAGAUGAUAUGAGUGACAGAGUUUAUACAAUUGAUUCUGUCCGUAAUGAGGUGCCAUAUAAUGGAACUGCUGAGCACAAACAUGGACUCAGAAUUUCUGAUAACUAUGCAUCCACUCCAAGGGAGACAUUCAAUCUACCUGAUGUUUCUGAUCCUGAUCUCAAGAAGCUGUACAUGAGGCUUCAGAACCUUGAGGCUGACAGGGAAUCAAUGAGACAAGCACUGCUAUCGAUGAGGACUGACAAAGCACAGUUGGUAUUAUUGAAAGAAAUAGCUCAACAUUUGUGCAAGGAAAUGUCACCUGAAAAACAAGUGGUUGCGAAGCCAUCUAUUCUUGGAAGCCUUUUCAAGUGGAUUGUAUCUCCUAUUUCUCGGAGGCGGAGAGCACUCCGAAGCAAGUACCUGUACGGAUUGUCACCAAACAACGUUGGCUUGCUAAUGGUUUUAGACAAGGGCCCCCGACUUAGACAGUGGAGAUGCCUUUCAAAAACACAAGUGUGAAAGGAUGGUGAAAACGAUUCUUUGACUUGGAUAUGUGGAUGAAGCAUAUAAUCAUGAUUGUGAAUGCUGAAUGGGAUUAGCUAUCAUGUGCUGAGUUAGCAUCCAGUUUUUUAAUGCAGAAUUUGGUAUGUUGUGCAGUGUUAUUUUAUUUCCCUUUUCUAUUUUUGGGAUUGGAUUCUGGCUCAUAUAGGUUGUUGGAUUUCCGUUUGGGGUAUUUUGCCCUUAAUCCAUCUCUUUUAUAUUUCAAAUUCA